GAUUGGUAUCUUUUAUUUCCUGUACGCGCUUCAAGAUUUGAUUUCAUCUGACAGGUUUUCAGAGAGUCGCAUAUACUCGACGCAGAGGCAUCAUGGCUGACAAAGAGACUGAGGUUCCUGUGGUGGAUGACGAAGAUGAGACUGACCUGAACUACCAGCCCCCUGCCCAGAAGUCCCUGCAGGAGAUCCAGGAACUGGACAAGGACGAUGAGAGCCUGAACAAGUACAAGCAGACGCUGCUUGGAUCAGGGCCUGUGGUGGCAGAUCCAACCAUCCCGAACGUUCAGGUGACCAGAUUGACUCUGAUGUGUGACCAGGCCCCAGGACCAAUCACCAUGGACCUGACAGGUGACCUUGAAGCUUUGAAGAAACAGAGUUUUACCAUGAAGGAGGGAGUCGACUACAGGGUGAAGAUUCACUUCAAGGUCAACAGGGAGAUUGUGUCUGGGCUGAAGUACGUGCAUUUGACCUACAGGAAAGGACUCCGAGUUGACAAAUCUGUGUACAUGGUCGGGAGCUAUGGGCCGAGGUCAGAGGAGCACGAAUACCUCACUCCUGUGGAGGAGGCGCCGAAAGGCAUGAUUGUCCGAGGGAGUUACCACAUCAAGUCCUUCUUCACAGACGAUGACAAAACGGACCACCUGUCCUGGGAGUGGAACCUGCAUAUCAAAAAGGACUGGGAUGAAUAGAGAGAUGCUCUGUCUCUCUUUCUCCCGCCUCCACCUGCACAAUGACACGCUGUGUUUGUCACCAGUGCGCCGGGAGGCUAGGCUAAAGCUGCAAGAAAAAGAAGCAGGAUGAUUGAUUAAUUAAUUAAUUAUAUUCACUUAACUAAUUGCAAUGACGCAGAUGAAAAUGAUACAGAUACGCUUACAUAUUAAAUGCAAGGGAAGUUUUGGGGAAUGUACAAUGAUUUCCAAGAAUGUUAGAGAGGAGACUUGAUUCAUAAAAGAACAACGUGAUAAAGGUCUAAACACCAGAUAAAGUCCUUUCACCUGUACUCUCAGGUUUGUUGUUGUGUGUUUUAAACUGUAAAGUGUACAUACUCUGGUGUUACCCCUCUGUGCAUCUGUGGCCUUUAUAAAGGCCCCGUGGCCAUAACUGUGCAUGCUUCAGUGUGAAAAGACAGUGUCGUGGCUAUUCUCUUGUAACUUGUGAUCAGAACUUAGUGAGAACUAUGAGCCUACUCUGUUUUGUGGAGAUACAUAUUUUCUACCUGUAAUUCCCCAGACGAGUAUGUGUUGAUAUGAAAGCCUGUCAAAAAAAAAAAAAAGUUGCUUGUUCCACAGAUACGAUGAGGACCAUAGUCAAGUGCCAUCGCGUAACCAUCUCCAGAGAAAAUCAUGUUUUUUAUGACCGCUCUUCUUCCUCUUCAUUUCUCCGCCUUAUCGCUCUCUCCAUUUUUUUCCCAUCAGCCCUUGCAUUUGGCUAUUUUCCCUUUGUCUGACAUGAAUACCAC